GCUCCGGAGUUGCCGCACCGUUCGGAAGCUGAGGGGGCCGCUGCGGCGGCGUCAAGAUGGCGGCGGCGGUGGCGGCGGCGGCGGCGGCUGCGGCCGCGGCUGCAUCUCUUCAGGUGCUGGAGAUGGAGAGCAUGGAGACUGCCGCCGCCAGUUCCGCGGGCCUGGCCGCCGAGGUCCGAGGCAGUGGCACGGUGGACUUCGGGCCCGGGCCCGGGAUCUCCGCCAUGGAGGCGAGCGGGGGCGAUCCGGGCCCAGAGGCCGAGGACUUCGAGUGCAGCACUCACUGCUCCGAGUUGUCCUGGCGGCAGAACGAGCAGCGGCGUCAGGGCCUGUUCUGCGACAUCACCCUGUGCUUCGGUGGGGCCGGAGGUCGCGAGUUCCGUGCCCACCGCUCGGUGCUGGCCGCCGCCACCGAGUACUUCACGCCCUUGCUAUCAGGCCAGUUUUCCGAGUCGCGCUCGGGCCGGGUGGAGAUGCGCAAGUGGAGCUCGGAGCCGGGACCAGAACCUGACACGGUGGAAGCCGUUAUCGAGUACAUGUACACCGGGCGCAUCCGAGUGAGCACCGGCAGCGUCCACGAGGUGCUGGAACUGGCAGACAGGUUCUUAUUAAUUCGUUUAAAAGAAUUUUGUGGAGAAUUUCUGAAGAAAAAACUUCAUCUCUCAAAUUGUGUGGCCAUUCAUAGCUUAGCCCACAUGUACACACUAAGCCAGCUUGCUCUGAAAGCUGCGGAUAUGAUCCGGAGAAAUUUCUAUAAAGUCAUUCAGGAUGAAGAAUUUUAUACUUUACCUUUCCAUCUCAUUCGAGACUGGCUUUCGGACUUGGAAAUUACCGUGGAUUCUGAAGAGGUUCUUUUUGAAACGGUUUUGAAGUGGGUUCAGAGAAAUGCUGAAGAGAGAGAGAGAUACUUUGAAGAACUUUUUAAAUUGCUCAGGUUGUCCCAGAUGAAACCCACCUACCUUACAAGGCAUGUCAAACCAGAGCGGCUGGUGGCCAAUAAUGAAGUUUGCGUCAAGCUGGUGGCUGAUGCAGUGGAGAGGCAUGCGCUCAGAGCAGAGAAUAUACAGUCUGGCACACUCCAACAUCCCGCUUCCCAUGUCUCACUUUUACCUCGCUAUGGACAAAACAUGGACGUAAUCAUGGUUAUUGGAGGUGUGUCAGAAGGAGGAGACUAUUUAAGUGAAUGUGUGGGAUAUUUUGUUGAUGAGGACAGAUGGGUAAAUCUGCCCCACAUUCAUAAUCACCUUGAUGGACAUGCCGUUGCAGUAACAGAAUCUUAUGUGUAUGUUGCUGGCUCGAUGGAACCAGGGUUUGCUAAAACUGUGGAAAGGUACAACCCAAAUUUGAAUACAUGGGAACACGUUUGUAGUCUGAUGACAAGAAAGCAUUCUUUUGGGCUAACAGAAGUCAAAGGGAAGCUGUAUAGCAUUGGAGGACAUGGCAAUUUUAGCCCUGGCUUUAAAGAUGUGACUGUUUACAAUCCUGAGCUUGAUAAAUGGCACAACUUAGAAUCAGCACCAAAGAUUCUUCGAGAUGUCAAAGCACUAGCCAUUGAAGACCGGUUUGUGUACAUUGCUGCCCGCACUCCUGUGGACCGGGACACUGAGGAUGGAUUGAAGGCUGUAAUUACUUGCUAUGAUACAGAAACUCGACAGUGGAAAGAUGUGGAAUCCUUACCACUUAUUGACAAUUACUGUUUUUUCCAGAUGUCUGUGGUCAAUUCAAACUUUUAUCAGACAGCAUCAUGCUGUCCCAAGAGUUAUUCUUUAGAAAACGAAGAGGCAGUAAGAAAAAUUGCCGGUCAGGUAUCUGAUGAGAUCCUUGAAAGCUUGCCUCCAGAAGUCCUAAGCAUUGAAGGAGCAGCCAUUUGCUAUUACAAAGAUGAUGUCUUCAUUAUUGGAGGCUGGAAAAACAGCGAUGAUAUUGACAAACAGUAUCGGAAGGAGGCCUACCGAUACUGUGCUGAGAGAAAGAGGUGGAUGCUCCUUCCUCCCAUGCCUCAGCCCCGUUGUAGGGCCACCGCUUGUCACGUCAGGAUCCCCUACCGGUACUUACAUGGCACACAGAGAUACCCUAUGCCUCAAAACUUAAUGUGGCAGAAGGACCGCAUCAGACAGAUGCAGGAGAUACACCGGCAUGCCCUGAACAUGCGGAGAGUGCCAAGUUCCCAGAUUGAAUGCUAAGCUCGCCAACACAUACAGCUGGGAACUGUUCUCCCUGUUCCACGAGGCUGGAAAUGCUUGGACUGUUACUUGGAAAAGUAUGUCAAUAACUUAUUUUCUACUUGGACUUAUUACCCUAUAUAAAGGAAGUUAAUUAAAAAACAAACAGGAAACUCAGUUUAGUGUGCUAAUUUUUGUUAGCUUGCAGUCUUGUCUUUUAGUUUGUGUGCUAGCAAAUAAGAUCUUAUUAAAGAGAAGUGGGAGAAAGCAGGUCUAGUUACUUGGCCUUUUUUCUGCCAACAACUAUAACUCCUUUGUUUUAGGGACUUCCAUUGGGGCUUUAAGCACCAGUGUAAUUUGCACAUUUACUUUGAUAUUCCUUUACAUUUUGUGUGGAUUGUUUGUUUUCAGUGAUAACAGUUUAUGCAUUAAGCUCUCAUCUGCAGGAGGCAUGUGCAAUAGUGAGACUGGAUCUGAAGGGAAAAGCACAAUGUUUCAGCAAGAUUGAUCUCAGAAUGUUGGCACUGAUAUUUUGUUGUAUGUGUUUUAUCUACAAAUGGUGUUUUUGUUCUUUGGAAAGGGUGACUGAUGAGAAGUUUGUGAUUGGCACAAACUUCUUCCACAGCUGUUUAUAGACUUGAAGCCAUCAUUCUGAGAUGAGAAUUGGGAAGGUAUUAAUAUUUAGCUGAUUGACUAGAGAGGAAGUUACACAGGUGAAGUUUGUUUCUCUAAGAAAAAAAGUGUUCAGUGUAACUGAGAAAGCAAGUGAACAAACAUUUUGAAACACUUUGAAGAGUUGUGACUGUGUUGAUGAGGAUGCAUCAUGCCCAUGACAAUCAACACUCAAUGCCUUCAAUUCAUUUUUUAUUCCAUUGAAUAUUAUAUAGGCUCUUCAUCAGUUCUUUCCACCAGAAAAGCUUUCAAAUUGGCAAGGAAGUAACAGUUUAGAAAGUACUGCUAAGAGAAGCCCCUGAUUGUCAUAUUUUCCUGGAUUGCCCUAGACUUUUAUUGGAACUUAGAGCCUAAAAUACCAAAUCUGAGUGCAUAGUUUUGGCUUUUAAAAUUUUAAGGUUUUUGCAUAACACAUUUAAUAGGAAAUUAUCAAAGUGUUAUAUAACCAGUUCGAUGACUAUCAUCUUUCAGAAAAGGUUUUUAAUCUGUACAUAUUUUUAUUACUCUCCCUAAAGUAGUCUUUUUAAUUUUUUGAGACAAGGUCUCAUUAUGUAGUCUUGGCUGGCCUAGAACUCACUAGGUAGACUAGGUUUUGACCAUAUAUAGAUCCUGAGGGAUAAGCUUCCAAGGACCAAGAAUUGUUUCAACAGCAGCUGCUUCUACCCUUUGUUACAGAUUUUCUGUUUUUGUUGAGUUUCUGUGACAAUGAUACUGUACACUCACAUUCCUCUAAUUGUUUGUAUUUAUUAGCAUUUUCUUGAGCUGUUAUUUUAGAGCUCUCAUAUUCAAGAUCUAUAAUUCUUAAUCUAUAAUCUCAUAUUCAAGAUCUAUAAUCUAUAAUUGCAUUAGGUAUAUCACUGAGUCCCAUUCUCUCCUAGUGUCUGCAUAUUCUUCGUUUGCUGAUUUUAGCCCAUAUUUUUGUGUAUGGUAUUGGAGGAUUAGCUUUUCUCUUUACAAUGUCUUUUGAGCCUUGUGUAGGUAUCAUAUUGCUUUUGCACUAAUUGUAAUAAUAAGUCCCUGCUCAGUACAUUGAAUUUUUUCAUUCAUCUGUAGAUACUUGGAAUGUCUGGUUUCCCAUUCUUCUUUAGGAAUUUGGAUCUGAUUUGUUCUUAGUUUCUGUACUCCCUUGUACAGGACUUUAGUCUUGGAGUGCUCAGCCUUAAGCUUUUGUGAGUAAUCCUGAUUUUGGUGGAGCAUUGUACAAGUUCUCUUUGUGAAUCCUAUCAUCAAAGAAACAUCAUUAUUUCUCUUUUGUGUUUUUGUUUUAAUGCAAAUCUCAAAUUGCAGAAAUUUUCCCUUUCUCUUCAUAUAAUCUAACCUGUAAUCUUGCUGAUUUUAUUUUACCUUUUUUGUUUGUUUGUUUGUUUUUUUAAGACAGUCUUUCUAUGUAGUUUGGCUGACCUGGAGUGCUCUAUGUAGACCAGGCUGGCCUGGAACUUAUGGAGAUCUACCUGCCUCUGCCUGGAAUUAAAGGCAUGUCCCACCAUGCUGAGCUUGAUGGCUCUUUAGCACACUAAUUUCAUUUUCCACUUGUUCAGUUUCCUUUGUCAGUAGUUCAUGGUGUCUAGUGUGUCUUUGAUAUAAAUUGGCUGUAUGCAGGACCUUUCCGGGACGUUAGCACAGUCCUCAGGCACUAGGUCAGAUGAUGAGGUCACUGGGCUCUUUCAUGGCAUUUCUCUCUUUUCUAACUCAGUACUUGUCUGUACAUUGGUUUCCUUUGUAGCCUUCUUUCCCCUGGUCUGUUCCAUUUAAACCAUGAGCCCCCUUCACUUGGACUUCCCAAACCUCUGUACUCAGAGAGUCUCUGGAAGAGCUGGGUUGUUGUUGUUGUUGUUUUUCCCUCUUUUCUUCUUGUAUAUUCAAGGCAGAACUUUUAGUAAACUGCUGGUUGUUGGUUCCCCGUCCUUGUAGAGUUGUACUCUAUCUUUAGCAUGGUCAGCAGCAUCAGUGCCGCUGAGUUACAGGUCCUCUGCACUUGUAAUUUAUUACAUUUGUCAUUCCUUCCAACCUAAAGGCAGAUAUUUUCACUCCCAUCACUUCUUUUCUAAACACUGUUGUUAAUGCUGGAUUGGCUUUAAGCCUGUAUGACUAUUCUUCCUAUUCACAUUGAUUUGACAUUGACAAGUCACCAGCAUUUAUUGCAGUUAGUCCAAAGACAUCUUGAUUAAUUUGUUGAUUCAUAACUGCAUUAUGAGGCUGUUCUGUUUAUCAAUUGCUGAUACAUAAGCAUUCUUUUUUUUUUUUGGUUUUUCGAGACAGGGUUUCUCUGUGUAGCUUUGUGCCUUUCCUGGAUCUCACUUUGUAGACCAGGCUGGCCUCGAACUCACAGAGAUCCGCCUGCCUCUGCCUCCCGAGUGCUGGGAUUAAAGGCGUGUGCCACCACCGCCCGGCCAUAAGCAUUCUUUAGUAAAAGUUCAGCUGUCAUUUUCACUGACAGCCAGUGUAAAGCUACUUUUUGUCAUGCUUCAGUAUUCACUUCAUGUUCAAGGGUUUUACAAGCUUAGAGAACACAGUUGCCUUGAGCGUAAAUAUUUGGAUCAGCACUGCUCUCUGGCAGAAUAGAGGCAUUUCCCCCUUUUUUUUUUAAAAAGACUUAUUUAUUUAUUAUGUAUACAGUGCUCUGCUUGCAUGUAUCCCUGCAUACCAGAAGAGGGCACCAGAUCUCAUUACAGAUGGUUGUGAGCCACCAUGUGGUUGCUGGGAAUUGAACUCAGGACCUCUGGAAGAGCAGCCAGUGCUCUUAACCGCUGAGCCAUCUCUCCAGCCCCAUUUCCCCUUCUUGACGUUGUAAGGACUUCAUCAGACCUGUGCAGUCACUACUUCUGGAUAGUCAUACACACAAGCAAUAUAUAGAGCAAUUGGGAGUGCGGAUAAUUCUCAAAAAUUGGCAUCACUGAAAAGUCCCAUCCUCUUAUGGACUUUGACCUCAAGGAAGUUACAUCAAGGAAUACCCAUUUUUCUGACUUUCUACAUACUCCUGAGCUUUAUGAAAGUUAAUUCAGGCUAAAUCUUUCAACACUCAGUUAACAUAAACUCCUGUUCAGGGGGCUGGAGAGAUGGGUCAGCAGUUAAGAACACUUGCUGUUCUUCCAGUGAGUUUGGUUCCCAGCACCCACUUCAGGCACCUCACAAGCCUCUAUAGCUCCACCUCCAGGGGAUCUGAUGCCUCUGGCCCCGUGCCCUGCAUUCAUGCAGAGACAAACACCUAAUUAAAAAGAAAAAUUUCGGGGUUGGGGGUUUAGCUCAGUGGUAGAGUGCUUGCCUAGCAAGUGCAAGGCCCUGGGUUCGAUCCUCAGCUCCAAAAAAAAAGAAAAAUUUCAAAAAGGCUCUUGUUGAAGUUGGGUAUGGCAGUGCUCACCUGUAAUCUGAGCACUUGAGAUGCAAAGGCAGGAGACCAGUCUAGUUAGGGCACAUAGUGAGACCCUACCUCAAACCAGCCAACAACAAAAGAGUCACUAAUAGCAACAGUACGUAAAUAGUAUAAAAUAAGACUCCUGAUGGCUUGUACUGUAAAUCCGAUAUUUUCUUCCAUUUCUUUAAGAAUGUCUUUGCUUUCUCACACAUUCUGGAGUAUCAUUCCAGAAAAGUCCAAGAACAGUGAUCUCUGCUUCCCCCGUUGCAUCAGAGUUAACUUUUUAUUUUUAUUGUGUGAUAAAAUAUCAGAAGCACAACCAGAAAUUUAGGCUAUUUGCUAUAACACUUAAUGCUCUUGGAUUCUGUACUGAUAAUUUUCUUGAAGUUUCUAAAUUAGUGUUCUUGCCCAGGACAUGGGUUAAUAACGAUGUUGGAAAUCUGCUUUAAAACCAUUUAACGUAGACUAGAGUGAGUCUGGGAACCACAAGUCCUUUCCACAUAAAGAAUCUAUUAUUAUCCUCCCCCUUUCCCUUCACUUUUUCUCAAUUUCCAUCCUUUGAGUUUCUUUCGAUUGGUUGGUUUUAAAGUGCUGGGAGCUGAACGCAGGGCCUUGCACAUGCUAGGGAAACACUCUACCAACUGGGUUGCUUCCCAGCCCUCUCUAGUUACCUUAAUAACAAAAGCCUUUGGAUUCUGAGAAGCACUUCUUAGUUGUAAGAAGUCUGUGCAGCUAAUAGCCUUGACGCUUAUUGAAGGAAGCUUGCCUUUGUUUCUGACUGUUCAAGCAAGUCAUUUAGUAUUUCUUCAGGAAGCCAGCUUUCUCCAGGAGAAUGUCAUGUAUUUUGAUUUUGGCUUUUUGGUCCCAGAAUUGUAUUUUGGGACUGUCGCCACAAAGUUGUUAAUAGGGCCAUCUUUUUGUCUCCCCCCACCCACCCACCCACCCACCCACCCCCGUCUUUUGGCAGACAAUAUAACUCCUAAGAUUUAGGUAUAAUCUGGUUUUAAAAACUUGGUUGAAACCACUGUCUUUUUGACUCAGCAGGCAGCCUAGGCCCUGGCUGAAUGAAGGGGUAAGUCCUUCCUUGCAUGAUGGUGUGCAGGUUUUCCUGACUACCAAGUUUCUAAUUUUCAUAUGUGAAUUCACGUGUGUGGCUUCACCACCAUAACUUGUGUCUCCUAAAUACUCUGACUAACUUGUUAGAAAGGAAAGAAACCAGAUUUGCUUAAAUCUGUUCAAGACUGACAUUCUGAAAUUUUAAACUGGACAUAACAGUAUUUAUAAUGAUAAUUGUGCAGGUCUAAUGUGGCUCUUUGUAAAUGAAAUUUCUUUUAUGAAUACAGUUAAAAAAUAUAGCUUUUAAAAAGCUUAAAUGUAUUCAAGUGAACCUUUAUUUUAGUGCUUUUAUUUUUCUUUGUUGGGAAGAGAGGACUCAAUUAUACUGAAAAGUAACAACUGUCCAUUACUCUGAGUAAGGCUACUUCCACAUCCUAAUGGGCCUUCCUACCUACCUUUAGACUGAGAAUGUCAGUCGUGAGCUUAGGGUUUAAGCGAGCAUCACUUGCAUGAUUAGUCUGUGUAUCCCGAGAGCUUUGCUCCUCUGUGCCAGUUCAAAUUAACAUUUUUGGUAAGAACACUUAAGAUUAACUGACAUCAGUUAUGUUUUGGUUACCAGGUUGUGUGUAGUAUAUCUGAGACCAAAAAUUCUUUAAACUGCUGAGCUUUUAAAAUACAGACCCUCAGUCUGAAAAGCCAGAGAGCACUUUUGUGUUCCAGUCCUGUCAUAGCUGCUAGGCAAGUUCUUGUGCACACUUUUCCCCCUCUGACUUUAGCAUGUGGUGUGUUUGAAAUAUUCCUUUUCUGCUUCCUGAUUCCAGUGUCAACACUAUAAGUAGACUGCAGCUGUGUUACAUAUUUUAGCUACUCGGUCUAAUAAAGAGUAUAUAGGACCUCUUUCUGGUACCUUCCGAACUAAGCUUACGUGCAAAGAGCAUGUUAGUCACAUUUCAUGUCUUUGAACAUAUAUGGUGUUGUGAAACAAAUAUUCUUCCUACACUAGAGAAAUACGGUGCUUCAAGCCUAGAAUAUUUGAGCAACAAUUCAGUCUGUUCUUAGCCAUCAAACAUUUUAGCACAGCUCAUCACUCCAUUUGUUAUUUUCUUGAGGAAAGUCCAUUUUGUUAUACUUACAGCAUAUGUUCUGGUCAUGGAAAACCAAACAAUUACUGAGAGUUGUAAUACAAUGGCAGUAACUUUACAAAAAUAGUCAUUUGCUGCAAGGACUUUACUUAGCCAAAUUACUGCUCACUGUAACCCUCACAGAGCUUUUGGCUUGCUCUGUGACCCUUGCUAAGGAGUGUGGUACCUUGAAGCACUUGUUAAUCAGUUACCCCUCCUGCUCCCUGCACCUGUGAAACACAGUACUUGCUAGGUGUUUGAAGAUUUUAACAUCCAUGGGCUGAGGUUAGUUGUGUUAUUUGUGAAAUAAGUAUUUGGUUUAUAAGCCUUUUUUGGGGGGGGGUUAGUGGCACCCAGGCCCCUGUGCAAGAUACAAUAUUAUCUCCCUUCAUGUUAGAGGAGAUGUAGUAUUUAGAACACUCUGAGAUAUUAUGUUUAUGUUCCUGAAACUAUCUUGCUCGUGUUCAAGUUACUAAUUGUCUAAAUGUAAGUUUUCAAUAAACGUAUUUCUCUAGA